GUUAAAUAAAAUGUCAAGGAAAAAAACUAAUCAAUCCCAAUCCUUAUCUCUUUUUUUUUCCUCUUACCUCAGUAUUAUCCUUUAUCUUAGUGAGGCAUUCUAUUCCCCCUUUUAUCUUGUGUAAUAACCCAAUGACAAUAACAACACUAGUCACCAACUUAUUAUAAAUCUUCUUCUUCUGUUUUUUCUCUCUCUUGAAGUCACCAUAUCCACCCAAAGGUUUUAACUUUUGAAUGUGACUCAGGGACACAGAGAGGUGGAGAGAGAAAGAGAGAGAGCUUGAGGAAGGAAGGGUUUAAGCAGAUCUGCAAGAAACAAACACUCUCAGAGUUCUUCUUCAGACAGUGUUUUUCACAACCGUGGGAGUCAAACCGGCGGCGACAGUGACGGCAGCGAAAAGCGGCGGUGUUGGCCGCGAAAACGAUGCAAAACCAGCUAUGGUCAUUACCGCUAACGAUUUAUCUAAAUGGGAAAAUUUUCCUAAGGGACUUAAGGUUCUUCUUCUCCUCAACGGCGACGACGACGGAGAUGGCUUCUCCGCGGCUGAGACUCGAUCAAAGCUCGAGUCAACAGACUAUAUCGUUACUAUAUUCACAGAUGAAACCGAAGCUCUCUCUGCGGUUUUCAAGAACCCGGAGAGCUUCCACAUUGCUAUCGUCGAGGUGAAUACGAACGCUGAGAAAGAAGGCUUCAAGUUUCUUGAGGCUGCCAAAGACGUUCUUCCUACUAUAGUGAUUUCAACUGAUCAUUGCAUCACUACUACGAUGAAAUGCAUAGCGCUUGGUGCAGUUGAGUUCCUUCAAAAACCGCUCUCACCGGAGAAACUAAAGAACAUUUGGCAGCAUGUUGUUCAUAAGGCAUUCAACGAUGGUGGAAGUAAACCCGUGAAAGAAUCCGUUGUCUCGAUGCUUCAUCUUGAUACCAACAUGACAAUCGAUGAGAAGGAUCCAGCGCCAUCAACCCCUCAAUUGAAACAAGUUUCACGGUUAGGGGAUUGCCAAGAAAACAUAAACUGCUCGAUGGAAAAUGUAAAUUCCUCGACCGAGAAAGAUAACAUGGAAGAUCAAGACAUCGGUGAAUCUAAAUCAGUCGACACUACAAACCGCGUAUUAGAUGAUGACAAAGUGGUUGUCAAAGAAGAGAGAGGAGACAGCGAAAAAGAAGAACAAGGCGAAACCGGAGAUCUCGAAAGUGAGAGGACAGAUUCGGUCAAUUGUCAUAAGAAAGAAGAUGACACUAAACCUGUUAACAAAUCAUCCGGGACCAAGAACUUGUCUGGUAGCAAAACUACUCGAAAGAAGGUGGAUUGGACACCAGAGCUGCACAAGAAGUUCGUGCAAGCGGUUGAGCAACUAGGGAUUGAGCAAGCCAUACCUUCACGGAUUCUUGAGUUGAUGAAAGUAAACACCUUAACAAGACACAACGUAGCUAGUCACCUUCAGAAAUAUCGGAUGCAUAGGAAGAAUAGCCUUCCAAAGGAUGAUCAUAACCAAAGAUGGGCACAUUCUAGAGAGAACCAGAGACCAAUUCAACGUAAUAAUAACGGGUUUCAGCAGCAACAACGUCCUGUGAUGGCUUAUCCCGUUUGGGGUCUUCCCAGUAUUCAUCAUCCUCCACGAGCGAUUCCACCUUUGUGGCCUCCGCCGCUGCAUUGCGCUGGUCAACCACCUCCGUGGCAUUGGAAACCACCUUAUCCAACGGUUAAUGGUAAUGCAUGGGGUUGUCCGGUUGGACCGCCGAUUACCGGAUCAUAUUAUACUCCGAAUAUUACCGCCGGUGGAUUUCAAUACACCAACGGAGUUGAAACCGGCUUCAAAAUGAUGCCGGCGACUCAGCCGGACGAGGAAAUGUUAGAUCAAGUGGUAAAAGAAGCGAUAAGCAAGCCGUGGAUGCCGCUACCGCUCGGGCUGAAACCGCCGUCCCCGGAGAGCGUUUUGGCUGAGUUAUCGCGUCAAGGCAUCCCAGCCGUCCCUUCUUCCUCCUCAUCAUUUCUAAUCAACGGCUCUCAUCGUAUCCGCUGACGUGUCAACUAAGCAGGACCCGCAGAUAUGAUGACGUCAUGCGUGGCGUCCUUGUCCGUGUCUGAUGACUACUGUCCGAAGCGGGGAACUCUGAUUCGGAGUUUGGUUUUUAAGAUGUUCUUUAUUUUUAUUUUUUUGCCAUAAAAAAACAUUUUUAUCAUUUAAUAUUAUAUAAAAAAAUAUCGGACGGUGGAGAUGUGGGAGACGACUAUAGUUUGAGGACCACAGGUGGAAUUUGCGGCUGUAAAUAGAUCUCGGACACGAGAUUUUGACAAGUCGGAAUCUGACCUGUGUGUAAUCUCUCUUUGUGGGUUGUCGAGUUUCGGGGCCACUGUAAAAGAGAAUUUAAUAGUUGACACUGUUGUAGUUGUAGGUGAUGAUGAGAUAUGAUAAUAAAAAAAAGUACAACUCCGAAGAUUCCGUGAUGACA